UGUCCCUUGCAAAAGAUACCCCGACGAUGUUCCGGCUGACGCCAGGUUUUAGAUUUCUCGCACACUUGUUCUCUCGACUCGACUCGACUCAUUCGAUUAACUUCCUCGGGGGAAGACGCUGCCACAACACAAGUGACCUCACGCAUUCAGCGUUGUGCCUCAAUCGAAGACAGCACGAAAGGCAACACUCGCAAUUCUCCCGUCGUGCAUAAGGAAGACUAAUAGACAGCUAGUAGCUAGCUAGUUAUACAUAGAGACGACCUGGCAGCAACAACAGCUGCGAACGCAAGGCUGUGGUUGACAGCGUGGACCUUGUUGUUGAUUGAGUUGGGUUCUCUGUCUGUCUUGCGGGGAUCGCCAAAACGGUACCGUGCCAUUCGGAGCGAAGAUCCGGACAUUCGGAUCGAAUCGAGUCGAGUCUGUCCCGCAGUGUGUUGCUGCUGCUGCUUUGUGAAGCGCUUCCAUUAAAACAGAAAGUGACGACUGUAGCACUUUGUGAAAGACAGAAGAAUUGAAAGCAGUGCCGGCGAGAUCAAAACAACAACAGCAGCAACAACAACAAUGGAUGGAUCUUUCAAGAAUCAGUUCGAGUCGACCUUCCAGAACCAAAUGGACGCGUCUGACUAUACUGGCUACGGAGAGCCAUCGAUGGGUCGUCGCGGCUCGGCUGGAGGAGGAGCUGCACCUCACGACUUUACUCGCGAGGAACUGUUGGAAGCCAUUGUGAAUCCCUACAUUGAGGAUGAUUCCCCGGCUGCGGAAGCUCUCAGAGCCAACGCUCAGGUUCACAUUGGUAAAAUGAGCAAGGUGGCUCGUGGUAUCAACGCACAAGCGCUCCGGAAAAUUGUCAAGAGAGCUUCCAUGAGAAGUCAUUUUGGAAACGUGCGAGGGAAACCGCCUCGGGUGCCUCCCCCUUCCCAACUGGGAGAUCAGGGACAGGAGUUGCCCCCGGAUAUGUACGGAAUUGCCGAAGGGGAAUCCGAAAGUGAAGAAGUUUCCAACCGCAAUAGCAACUUUGCAGCACCAGCAGCCUACAACUACAACAACAAUGAUGACGACUUGGACGGAAUGAACGAUACCGCUGCCAAUACUGAUUCUUACGAUGGAGAUAAGAAACAACCUGCCAAAUCUAGUAGCAGUAGUAGCCACAAGAAGGAGAAGAAAGACAAGAAAGCAUCGUCUCCCAAGAAUUCUCAUGUCGUCAAGCAAGCGCCAGAAAUUGCUCAGGAUUACCCGGGCCCGGGCGACCAUUUGCACUACUCUCUGAAUGCCAUGAAGAAACAUGAUCCUACCAUCAAGGCGUUGGCUCCUGAUGGAGAUAAAAAGGAUAUCCCGACCGAAGUUGUGGAUGGAACGAUGGAAGCAGGACGAAAAGUCAUGAAGUCAGUCGAUCCUCACGACAUCUUGAAGCUUACAAGAUGGAGGAGAAAAAAGAGGAAAGGGAAACAAAAGAAGGAACGAAAGAGUUAUGUAACCGGAAAAGUCAUUGAUGGACAGCACGAAUUGUACGCACAAUCCAUUGCGGUCAUGCUGGGUGUUCGAACAUCCAUUGCCAGAACCAACGGGAUGAUCACCGCCGAUGAACACAAGAAGCGGUGGUUGACCGAUGAGGACUUUGAAAACACGGAAAAAUACGAGUUUCGCCCGGAUGGUUCCGAACACACGCCACCGCAUCAGCUUUCCCACACAUUCAAGUUCAAGGAUUAUUCACCCGUUGUCUUUGCUUAUCUGCGGCGGUUGUUUGGUGUCAAUGAAUUCGAUUUCCUGUUAUCGGUGUGUGGUAAUGCCAACUUUAUCGAAUUCAUCUCCAACGCAAAGAGUGGACAGUUCUUUUUCUACUCAAGUGACGGAAAAUACAUGAUCAAAACCAUGACGAAUGCCGAGAGCAAAUUCUUGAGGCGAAUUUUGCCAGACUAUUUUCGCCAUUGCUGCGCAAACCCCAACACCAUGUUGACAAAGUUUUGUGGAAUGUACCGUGUGAAACUGUACCAUCUGCGAAGAAAUGUCAAGUUCGUCAUUAUGAACUCUGUUUUUUACACGGACAAACCGCUUCAAGAAUUCUACGAUUUGAAGGGUUCUAUCCACGGCAGAGAUGCUAAUCCUGGAGAUCAGGUAUUGAAGGACAACGAUCUCCGUGCACGUUUGCCAGAUGGAGCUCUGGCGUUGGCUCCUGAGCUUCGAGACAGGGUGAGGCGUCAGCUGAUUCGAGAUUGCAAUUUCUUGCAGAGGAAUGGAAUUAUGGAUUACUCGAUGCUGGUUGGAAUUCAUCACGUGACACCCAAGGCGAAAGAAAGGGACGGCGGUACCGGUAUGGACGGCAGCGCAAGGAGGUCAACGGCAAGACGACCUUCCUUGGCUCGUAGGCCAACGUUGAGUAGCACAACCAGCGCUGACAAUUCCGCUGGCGCAGAAAGCGAAGCGCAACUGCAUAACUCUAUGAACAUGUCAUUCUCUGCAAGGGGGAACGAGAACAUGCGAAGAUCAAUCCAUGAAAUGUCAGACAACCUGGGACCGCCUAUGGCAAUGUUUGACGACAUUUUGGACGAAGACGAUAGCAGUUAUUUGGAAGGAUCCACUAAUCGUCCUCCCAGAGCUAUAACCAGUCCGAACAUGAGUUCCGCCAACAGCGACAUUGAGAAAAAGAAAGCGCAAACUAUUGAGCAGAUCUACUGGCCAUUCCACCGCUUACACGACAUCCACGGUCAUCGGCGAAUGAUCCCAGGACCUUGCUACCACUGCAUGAGUUCCCCAUGUCGGUGUAGAGACGAUGACAAAAUACUCAAAGGUUGGGGCAUUCCCAACUUCGUGGCUCCGCUGUCGGACCGGAAAGACGGAGGCUUCUUGAUGGACACUGUUGGUUUGGACAUGCCAAUGAAAUACGACAAUAACCGUCUUGGUGAGAUGAUGUGCGAAGGAAAGCUCUUCUAUAUGGGAGUUAUUGAUAUCCUGCAGGAGUACAACUCCAGGAAAGUGGUGGAGUCCAGAUACCGUAUGUUACAAGGUAUGGAUGCAUUGGAGGCCAGUUGUGUGUCUCCACGAGACUAUGCAGCGCGCUUCGUGAAAUUCUUUGACAUGUACUCUAUUCGAGUUGGAAAGUCGGCCCGUGGCGUUCUGUCUUCCUUCAAAAAGUCUACGAGAACGAGUGUAAGAAGUGUGUACAGGAGCGCGAAGAAGGAGAAAGACUACGGGGUGGAAGUGGCAAGGAACAGCCAAAGGUAGAAGACGGAAGCAAUCAUAGUUUUGAAUAAAUACUCUCAUAGUUUGGGGCUUGUAAAUGGCUUUUAUGUUUGGCUUCUUUGUG